AUGCCUGAAACAAUGAUGGAACAGUUACCUCUUCAUGAAGAGUCUGAAGAGGAUCGAUGCAAAGCUAUACUCGAUGGCUUUCAAAUUAAUUAUAUGACUUUGAGAGAUGUAGACACAGGCAAGAUUCUUUGGCAGCAUAAUCUAGAUAUGUCCAGUCCGGAUGUUGAACAUGAAGCUCGUGUACCGAAGCGAAUCCUCAAGUCGAGGGUUGUAUCGAGAGAGAUGAACUUCAGUUCUGUGGAAUCUAUCAGUAAAUUUCGCUUGGAACAGAAAGUUCUCUUCAAAGGCAGAUGUUUGGAGGAAUGGUUUUUCGAAUUUGGCUUUGUCAUUGCUAACUCUACAAACACUUGGCAGUCUAUCAUAGAAUCGGCCCCGGAGUCACAAAUGAUGCCAGCUAAUGUACUUAAUGGAAAUGUGAUCAUAGAAACGAAAUUCUUCGAUGGAGAUCUUCUCAUCACAACGUCCCGAGUGCGGCUCUUCUAUGUUUAA